UCCAGCCAGAUAUACCCCCGGGAGAAAGUAGAGCAUAGAGAGAACCAUGGCCUGGUCUGCAGAGAAUGCCACCAAGGCCUACCUCCGAGCAUUGAAAUCGGGAAACAAGGCCAUGGAGCCCAACAUGGUUGAGUUCGUGUCGGCGCUGGCUGCCGGGAGCGGCGCCCGCCUCAUGGUGGAGGCCUGCAGCGAUGCCGCCGGGCCAACCACCCUGGCACUGAUCGCUGCUGCCCACCAGACAGGCGGCCGCGUUGUGUGCAUUGUCGCCGGGCCUGAUGAGCUGCAUUCCUCCAUCGAAGCCCUCGGGCCGGAGGCCGACCGGGUGGAGCUCGUCGUGGGGGACGCAAGAACCCUAUUACUAGGCGAGUAUCGAGGGGCCGAUUUCGUGAUGGUGGACUGCGAAUUGGGCGACCACGAGCGGGUGUUCACAGCGGCGCAGGCCGGCGCAAGGGAGGCCUGCGGGGGGCUCGUAGUGGGGUACAAUGCAUUCUGUGAGAGGUCGUGGCCGAGCGGUAGCGGCGGCGGCGGCGGAAGCGGGCUGAGGGUGGAUCUGUUGCCCAUCGGUGGAGGUUUGAGGGUGUGCCGGGUGCCGCCGGGUGCCAAGACGAGCCAAUGGGUGGUUCGGGUCGACGAGUUCACCGGCGAGGAGCACGUCUUCAGGAUAACAUCUCCUCGGAGGAAACGGAUUGAAGAAGCAUAGUAUAAGAUGGCUUCUUUGGGCCAUUUUGCUUCUUGAUUCCUAGUUGACUAACUACUACAGAAUGAAGUGAAUAAAACAAGGAUGAAUGAAGAAUGUAUAGAGAUCUGGGAGUUGAGAUGGAUAAGAAGCAUGGAAGUGGUCGUAAAUGUGAAUAUAUUUUUCAUCAUUAAUAUAAGUUUUGUCAUA